AUGUCCGACUCUUUCACAAGUUCCUCGUACUACUACAGUUCCACAACCAACGGCAGCGACGGCAAGACUACAACCGGACACAGGUAUUCAACAACCUCAUACACCGAACCCGACGGCACAACAGUCGUACGUACGGCCCAGCAAGAUCUAGGCCAACCAGCAGUCGUUGAGGAACGGAGAUACGACAACACAGGCCAGGAACUAUUGGCUUUACCAGAGCCCGCAGGUGGUACCUCUGCAGGUGGGAUAAGACGCAUCACCGAGCUAGACGAUGAUCACGUCCGAAGCUUCCACGCCCGUGUCCUGGGUGAUUUUGGUGGUUCGGCGGCUCAACUCUUGGAUGGGGCCGGCGAGAACGAUUCGUUUAAUAUGGCUUCUUCGCCGCUGGGGUCUAGGGUUUAUGACCCCGUGACCGGCACUUAUAAUGACCAAUCCGAGUAUGAUAUCGGUGGGGUUACUGAGACGUCAUCAACAGAUGAGGGAUGCUGCUGGUCGGAGGAUCGGACGGGAUGUGGAUUUUGCCGCGGAUGGCUUAUCGUCGUCGGCAAAGGAGAACCGCCCGUAUGA